ACUGUAUCAACGGAAAUAAUCUACAGAAAAAAAUAAAAACAGAAUGGGAAUACAACUGUAAGAUAUGCCGGGAGUUACAGUUACAUUUUUUCAGGAUGAAGCCUUCGAUGACGGAAUUAUGAACGACAACGCCUUCCCGUGCGGCCAAUUGCAGGUAGCCUCCGAAAAUAUCUUUUCAAGGAACACUUAGGUGUGUUGGGCAAAGAGAACGAGGUGUUCGAUUUUGACGUAACCGAUCCCACUUCUGACCACUUUUACAACGACAUUUGGCGCAAGACCGCCAGUUUGAACACGGAGUUCUAUGAAAAAGUCUUCCACUGCUUGCCAACUGAUAGCGUACAAACUUUUGCCGAUUUGAAGAGAAAUCACGAAGAAAAGCCUUUGUGGAUCUCAGAAUAUUCGAGGGCGCAGAAAAUGUUGGAGAGCAUCCAGGGUCAUCUUGUACUCCUGCCGCUGAACUUCAUCUGCAAAGAAUGCCUGACCCCUGCAGCGAGUUCUGUAGAAGGAAUGAUGCCGACAUCUUUAUGGACAUAGUGAUCUAGUAUAGGUUAUUUCCCAAAGAAUAAGCCAAUAUUUCUCAUAAAUUAUUAGCCCCUCAAUUGCCAUCACUAGGCAUAAAAAAGUGUUCCUUCAAAAUACUCAUGCAAUUUAUCUUGUGUUCGUUUUUACUCACAGUUGUUUGUUAUAUACAUAAUACUUUUUUAAAAAAAAUUUAAAGACUUCAGUAUACAUGUUUUUAUCAAUGAUGUGCCUUCGUCUUUUCGCAAUUUGUGCGUUUACACGUUAUUAUAUUUGCAUUUAUGUGCAGUACAAAAAUAGGAACGAUAUAAUCGAUAAUUAUUUUUAGCUAUUUGUAAGAGCUAAUAUUUUAUAUAUCGUAUUUAUUAAACAGGUGGGUGUUGGUGCUGUACUUAGAUAUAAUUUAAUGUGAUAGAAACAUGCCUUUUUGCGUAAUAUUAACACGGAUGCAGUAUUUUUAUAACUUUACAGUAUUUUUCAUUAAUUCCAUAUACUAGAUGACAAAAACAACAAAGAUAUUAAACAGUUUUUGUUUAAUUAUUUCAAUUACUUUUAAAAAGAAGGCAUAAAAUAUAUUUGUUUAGAUAAAUAAUGCUUGGC